AUUGUUAAACAGCUAUACCUGUGUUGUCUGGUUGCCAGGGAAACAGUACACAAGGUUCGGCUGCAGGAGGAAGGCCGACGGGAAAAUGGUUCCGAGGACGUUCUGCUCCAACAUCAACAAGCCGAGAGCCAUCAGCCGCAGCUGCAACACAGACGCCUGCAGCUCGCCACGCUGGGUGAGCGGGCAGUGGGAGGACUGCAGCGCCUCCUGUGGUCAGACGGGGUGGCAGCGCCGCUGGGUCAGCUGCCAGCAGGCGUCUGGCACGGGACAGUCCAGCACGGGACAGUCCAGCACGGACCAGCAGGCAUCCGGCGCUGACCAGCAGGCGUCCGGCGCUGACCAGCAGGCGUCCAGUACAGGACAGCAGACACGCUCAGUUAACAGCAAACUGUGUGGAGGCAAUCGACCGGAAGGGAAACGAACCUGCAACCGUUUCCCCUGCCCCGCUGCCUGGCGGGCUGGACCCUGGACGCCGUGUUCGGUGUCCUGUGGAAACGGGACUCAGGAGCGCCAGGUUGCGUGUUUGAGUCCCGAAGGUUCAGCACGAAACUGCAGCGACCCUCGACCAAUCACAACCCGCGCCUGCCAGCCCCCUCCCUGCAGCGGUGACCAGAGGAACUCCAUCAUCCAGUGGCUGUCUCGUUCUAACUCUGACUUCCCGGCUCCCAACAUCUCCUCCAGGCAGCGUUGCCGCGGUGACCGCUCUGUGUUUUGCCGGAUGGAGGUGUUGACUCGGUACUGCUCCAUCGCCGGAUACCGUCAGAUGUGCUGCAAGUCCUGUAGCCAUGGAAACCUCAGCAGCAGCAUCCCGCCCAGCGCCAACAGCAGUUCCUGGAGUGUAACCAUGGAGACGAUGACUUCAGCAUCCUACAUCAGCACGCCAUCGCCCAGCAUCACCGUAGCUCCGCCCCCCCAGCAUGACUGGAGCUCCGCCCCCCAGUUUCACCAUGACUCCGCCCCCCAGCAUCACCGUGACUCCGCCCCUGACCAGCCGGAGCAACACCGACUUUGUGUACGUGGAGUACGAGGAUUACGGCGACAUUUCAUCCUUCGAGGAUCCAUCUGUUCCCUCAGACACUCCUCAUAUCAGUAAUACUUCUAGUACUACCAGUCUGAGAGAAA